GGCCGAGUCUCCGCCCAACCACUUCCGGUCCCGCCGCCCCGAGCCGGUGCGGCUGUGAGGGGCCGCGUCUCGGUGUCGCCGGCCGGCGGGUCAUGGUGUUGGGCGCCGGGCGCGCCUCGCCUGUUUCGGGGUGUCCAGGGAAAGGCGGCCGUGAUGCUGACGCUGGCGAGCAAGCUGAAGCGGGACGACGGUCUCAAAGGGUCCCGGGCGUCGGCCACCGCCCCCGACCCCACUCGGAGGGUGUCUGUGAGAGACAGGCUGCUCGUCAAAGAGGUCGCAGAACUUGAAGCUAACUUACCUUGUACGUGCACGGUGCACUUUCCCGACCCGAACAAGCUCCACUGCUUCCAGCUGACCGUGGCCCCAGAUGAGGGUUACUACCAGGGUGGAAAAUUCCAGUUUGAGACGGAAGUCCCUGAUGCGUACAACAUGGUGCCUCCCAAAGUGAAAUGCUUGACCAGGAUCUGGCACCCCAACAUCACAGAGACGGGAGAGAUAUGUCUGAGUUUGCUGCGAGAACAUUCGAUCGAUGGCACCGGCUGGGCCCCCACGAGGACGUUGAAGGAUGUUGUUUGGGGAUUGAACUCCUUGUUUACUGACCUCCUGAACUUUGACGACCCCCUGAAUAUCGAGGCUGCAGAGCAUCACUUGCGGGACAAGGAGGACUUCCGGAAUAAAGUGGAAGACUACAUCAAGCGGUACGCCAGAUGAUAGGGGGGCCCGUGGGCACGGACUGUGCGAGAGGGUCCCCCUGGCUCCCGGGCUCCCCAGUCCUUGCGCUCCCUCAGCCCUGCCGGCUCUGCGGGUCCUGCAGUGUGUCCUGCCCCCGGAGGAGCCGCUUCAUGACUGCCCCCUGUGGACGGAGAGCUCCACCUGCAAACAGCAAGGAAAUGCGUCUGCUCACCCUCACCUGUUUACUUCUGCAAGCCUGUACCUGCACCGGUUGGGGCGAGGCUCGAGAUGUCGCAGUGAACUCGGAAUCCAAGGAGAGCUUGCUUCUUCCCUGUCCCCAAGUCACCUCCCUGCACAGCGACUAACCACAUGCCAGUGUAGUUGGCAGGUGGGCAGUCAGCCCCUGCAAAUUGUGAUUGGUUGCACAGUCCCUUAGUCCCACCCCAGAAUGGUGGCUGGCCUCCGUGUCUGCAGCGUCCCAGAAUGCAGUCAUUCACUGUAGAUCUCUUACUGAAACGCGUGCUUUAUUUAAUGUAAGUAUAUUUUGGAACAGAUUUGUAAUUUGUACAAUUUAAUGCUUUAAUUAUUUUUUUCUAUUCUCCUUUA